GGCAUGGAGAUAGAGCAGGAUGCCUUAGCAGAUGUUGCGUUGCUUCGUGCCCAGGACUCAAGCGGGCGGUAUGAUGAUGUUAUUGAGAUGUUCUCUCGCCUUCGACAAAAGGCGAAGCGUCUGGUUCAAGUCGUCACAUGCCGACAAACAGACGACGUCAUCCUGGACCGUGCCGCCUCAGCUACCGGGGAUAGGCCACCACGACCUCCUAUGAUUUCUGCAGGUACAGGCAUGACCGUCCAGCUCCCACGUACUCCACUUGCUGACAUAGUGGGGCCGUCGAUGUAUCAGCAUGCUACCAUGUCUACCCCGCCAAGACCUUUCGUGUCCGGGGUGCCACCUACAGGUUACCCGCAACCAGGCUUCGUAGGGUUCAACCCAUCCAUGGCCCCAGGCACGACGGUUCUGGGACUUCUUAUUCGGCUUCGGAGGGUUACGGUUUUGGUGCUACUCAGCACAAGAUGGACUUGGGCCAGUACUUCAGAUUCCCACAGCCGACGCAAGACACUCAGGCCAUUGUUGAGGACGAUGCGGUACAUGCGGAUGUGGCACCAAGAUGGGAGGUUAGGCCUACCGUCCGCUUCUCUCCAGUAGACUACAACAGGCCUAGGGCACCUGCGUCAGCAAGAAAGCAGAAGAAGGGUAGAGUGGACUGUCAGGGCCAUGGUAGGGGUCAGGGAUAGAUGCUUACCGACGCUAUGGCUUCUGCUGUGCUAGAUGAUGUAUUAUGUUAGGUUACUUUGAUUGUGUUGUACCUGAUGUAUUAUCUUAGAUUACUAUGACUAGAUGUAUUAUCUUAGAUUACUAUGACUAUGUGGUACCUAAUGUGUUAUGUGACAA